GCUCGCACUUGCUUUACUGUGACGUCACCGGUCUGAUAUUUGCGGAGAACAGAGGUGUAUCCGGAAAAGAGGAAUCCACACAACAACACAACCAAUGGUACAUACUCUGUUGAUAUUAUGUUUUCCUGACACGUGUUUGUGAGAUGGCUUCAGUCGGUCAAUGGAAGCCGAAUCCAAUUCCUACCAAGUUUUACUUAGAUCGAGAGGAAACUGACAGUAAUCAAAUCAAUUCUGACAUUCCACCCACGAGUAGAGACGGUUUCUCAUUCACUCGUUCUCUCUCGGACGAUAAGGACGGCUCUCCGGGCACACUACAAUCGGACAACAGGAAGGAUCUUGCCAUAAGAAACUCAUCUGACAGGUUAAACGGAAAUAAUUGUGAGGGUUAUCAGGAUAUAAAUAAAAUGGGUAAAGAUACAUUACAAAACUCAUCUCCGGCUGAUGGCCACUCAGGAAAUGUAAUCACAAGUCACUUAAAACAUGUACAAAGUAACCCUUUCUUCUUAAACUGUGGGGUAACUCAUCCUCAUGGAAGAAUUUUGGACGAUCAACAAAAAAGGAAAACGUCAUUACAAGAAGACAGGGACUCAGAAAGUGGUGCUGAAUAUGGUGUAAAUUCGGGAUUUGUGAACAAACUUAAACAGAAAUUCACAACCUUGAAUCAAAGAGAGGAAAGUAGUAACAGAUUUCCACCAAGAAGGUUUGCAAGUGUUGAAAAUUUACUCCAGUCUUCUGAAAAAAUUACUUUUGAGGAGAGGACAAAACCAUUUGGUUCGGCAAGGUCUAAAACAGUUGAACAGAAUUCAAAUUAUGUUAGAAAGAAGCCUGCUUUGCCAAAACCUCAAAGACCUCCAAAGCUAGCGCCUGAGAGGAAAAGAAGUGAUUCUGAAGUAGAACUCAAACAUCACAAAUCCUCCUAUUCUGAGCAUGAAGCACCAGACAUCAACAAAAUUGGUAGAAAUGACAUAAUUAUUAUUGAACACUCUAAACCUGCCCCAAUCAAGGACAAGAGUAAAGAAGAAGAAACUCCGACAAAAAUGAAUGGCCAAACCAUCAAGGCUUUAAAAGACAAAAAAAAUGAUGAUGAUCUUCCAAAGCCAAAUACUGUGUCAUCCUUUCGAUCUAUGUUUGAAAAGAACAAUUCUUCAGUGUCCAGGAAACUUCUGCCUGAUGCUCCGAAGGUAACGAGUGCAAGACCAAGUAAACUCAGAGUAAAUCGCAAAGAGGCAGCUGGGAGCUCUCCUCUCUCAUCGCCAAUAAACAAAUCACCAGAUGUCAAGGAAGAGAAGCCAAAAGACGUACCAGCAGAGACGACUAAAGAAGUAGUCAGACCUAGUACAGUGAAAGAGAGGGCUCAAGAAACUCCCCGAUCCCUGGACUCGCCUGUUACCAGGAAGAAAACUUAUGCUGAAAAGAAAUCUAUCUUUGAUUCAGACUUUAGCAUCAAACCAGUUAAAAGAGAGGUAGGCGUUAAAAGUCACCAGCAGAGGACCAAAUCGGACCCGUCUGGGAUUGGUAAUGAGGGUGAUGCAAAAACAGAGGAGAAAAUGUUAAUGAAACUCAAACCUGUAAAUGACAAAAACAUUCUGAAUGAAACGACUGCAGUUAAUAAGGAUGAAAAGAAGGAUGAAUACUUUCCAGCACGUAAAGAAAUAUUUGAUUCUUCUCUUAUAGCACCAAGCCCAAAACAGGAUUCUAAGGAGAAUAUUAUUAACUCAAUCAAUGAUAAAAAGAAGGUAACUUCUCCAAAAGCUAAAGCAUCUGAAGAGGCAUUAUCAGGCAGAAAACAAAUCUUUGACUCCUCCCAGAUUUCUUCAUCUAACUCCUUAAGUUCAAGUUCAGCAAAGAAAAAAAGAGCCCCUAAACCACCAAGUUCUACUUCUGCAUCUUCUGUGGAGAACAAGCCAGACAUUGCGGCCAUUGAUGUAGUAAAAAAAUCGGAAACUUCAUCUAUUGGCACCACUAGUGUGGUAACAAAGAAGCCAGAACCUGCGAGUAUCCCUACCCCUACUCCUGAGCCGACACCUCGCACCCCCCGGGCUCAGCCCAGCAAGGUUAUAACCACCUCAGAACCUUCUCCGGUUCCUUGGUUGGCGCAAGAUCAAUUCUCAUCUAAAUCAAGUAAAGUGGAGAAAACAGAAAGUGUGGUUUCAUCAGGGAAAGUGAACAAUUUUACUCCUAUUGAAGUGUCUUCAAGUAAUGAUAAUAAACCCACCAGAGGGUUACCCUCUGUUAUAGCAAACAGACUCAGUAAGAAAACCAAGAAUGUUCCUGAUAGCAAAGAAGAUAAUGAUGUAUCAAGUGAUGACGAUGUUCAACCAAAUCUCGUUAAACCAAGUCAGUUACGAAAUAGCAACUCCUUGUUCAAAGUCUCAGAUAGUCCUUCUGUGCCAAAUACACAAAACUCUGAUAGUCCCAGUGAAACCCAAAACUCAAAUACUAAUGUGCCAGUCAGAAACAUUGAAGAUCUCAUUCGAAAGAAGCGAGACAAGCCCGCUGCUUUGUUUGACUCCAGUAGCAUUGUGCCCAAAGUCCAGAACGGCAUUCCACCGCUGGACCUCACAGACUUAGUUACAGACCAGCAGAACCACCCCUACCAAGAGGGCUACAUCCCAAGCAAGAUCAAGCCCUGCAACAUUGUGUUCCUGGGGUCCGGGGUUCUUCUGGAAACAAAACCACUCAAAAAGAGCAGGAGUGGUCACUCACUUCGCAUCCAGUUUGAUGACAAAGCAGUAUCCACUCAUGAAUAUCAGUCGGAGACCUCGGCACUGGCACAGUAUCUGGAGGAAAAUCCUCACGAAAAAGACGUAGUGGAGAAAGAGCAGGCGGACAUCGAGCAGACGUCCAUCAGUCUAGAUCUGGAAAACUCCGAAUCCAGCGACGAUGUUGUGGAAACCCCGAGAGACACAGUAGCCAUGAAAUCCAACACCGCCAUUGGAGCAGGAGAGCUCAGUAACUACAAGUCCAAGAUCCAGUUAGAGGAGUUUCAGUUUGGGAUGUCCAUGGCAGAGCCGGAGCCAAGUCCAGCCACCACUCAGGAAACAGAGGUCAAUCCAGAUGACCUUGACCUUUUACCUGCAGAGGAUGAAAACUCUAUACACUUCACUGGGACUGAAACAUCAGACAUGUUGUUCUGAUCAUCACAAUCAUUCCAUGUGUAACCUAAUUUGGGAUUCACAAUCCUGAUUCAUUACAUGGUUGGGAUUAUUAACUUUUUCGUCUACUUUAUAUUCAGCCUCUUCUGUUGGAAAGAGGACCCUGAAUCAAUAUAAAGUAUAAACUAGUGUUCCUCAAAAUGAAUUUGCAUGCAUGUGCACAGAUUGUGCUAUUGUCUCCAGUGCAUCAUUGUGCUAGCUAUGUGACAAUUGAAUGCUGAUGCAACAUCAGUCAGAAUUGUAUUACGUACCUAUGACAAACUCUUCAUUGAAAUCAUCUAGUGCUUUAUGACAUCCCAUUAUUUUGGUCUGUUUGCUUUUUUGGGGAGGUCUGAAUAGUGUGUAGUCAUAUUGAUUGCAGGACUUUGUGAAUACAGGACCACAAAUACCCAGAAUGUGGGGAAAUUAACAAAAAUCUUUAGGGUAACCCUGUCACAGAUGUGAUGUAUUGGGUAAUUAACGGAUUUCUGUUUGUUUUGAAUGUGUAUAAAAAGAACACACACAAAUGUGAUUUAAAACCAAAGAUAGAAAAAAUCAUUCUAAUCUCACCAAAGAAUGCCCACAUUCCUGUUAAUUAAUUAUAAUAAGUAAUAAUUCUGAUUAUUUAAAAGAAGCAUUUCCAUGGUGACUGGAAAUCUAGAGCAGGUCACUACCGAUGUCAUUGCUAGUUUACACGUCAAAAUUAACUUAGCAUUUGAACAUAGUAUAAAUGAGAACAGCUUUAUCAUAGCACAUUCCAAAGCUUUUUCAUAUGUCUAGAGAGCAUGUUAUUUUAUAUACUGGCAACAUUCUUAUCAGCUUAGCAUUCCAAAUAUAAUAUAUAUAUUUUUUGUUCAUAAUUUGUAUAACUCUUUGAUAUAAACGAUUUUUGUUAUUUAUGCUCAAUAUGGCUCCAAUGAACCUAAUUUGUUGAUUUUUUUUUACAUUGUAAAUUUUUACAUUAAUUCAGAGCUUUUAAGUGAUUAAGUGUGUUAUACCAAAUGGUCCUGAAUAUGGAUGUGUAAUUUGUGUGUUAUUGAUGGUCUCUAUUGCUCUAACUUAUAUUGUAACGGAACAGAAGUGUGACAAAAUGAAGUCUGUAAUCAUGUGACCUUUUAUGAAGUCCUCGUAUUGACAUCGAUCAAAUGCCUUUAAAGAAUUGUUUGCGGGAUUUAUUUUUUUUGAAAUUGUGACUUAUAAUUGUUGUAGGGAUUUUUUUUUUUACAUGUAUUGUUGAAGAGAAAGAGGAAGAAGAAAAGGAAGCAUAAAUGUAUUGAACUGAGUGAUUUAUUGGCUCUGAUGUCUUGACAGGGUACAUGUUUUUAUGGUUCUAUAAAUGACAGAUAACAAACACAAUUUGAAGUCACCAGGGAAGUCUUGGUCUCCACAGAACAAAAAUCAAUUUCUGAUAUCCUUACGAGACAUUUAAAUAUUCAGCUCAUUUCACUGGUUAUAUAAAACUUAGAGAGGAUUUUGAACAAUUUUGUUUUUCAUUGUUGUUUAUUUCUAGGAUUGGAUAAGAUGUAAUUAUUUAAAGGGCAAUCUAAUACAUGUCUUCAUAUAUUAAUAUUUUUGCAGUAGCUUUGUGCAUUCCAUCGACAGACAGAAAUAUUACCCUCGUUGUCUGCACCACCAUGACCUCAUUACAUUCCUAAUUGAAGAUUGUACUGUAGAAUAGCAUUUACUUAAUUCUAUUUCAUUAUGUUAAUGAAUUAAUCAGGCACCGCAUUUAGACUAAACCAUGGAUAUACUGGUACAGUGUACACAUUAAAAGUUGUCAUCUCCAUUUAAUAUGCCCGCUCUCGUGUAUACGAGUUGUCAGUAGAAAGUCUUGUAUUUAUAUGAUUAUAAUAUAAUCAUUGCAUAACACUGUAUUUAGGUCUCAACUAUUCAGAUUCCAGAUCUGUAUAUGCGUUUCGGAAAUUAUCUUUAUGAAUGAGACAAAAUGUCCUUUCAAUGUCCAAUGAGGUCUCUGUUUUCUGCGUGAUAUGGAUGAAGUGUGUAGACACCUCAUGUGGAGAUGAUGAAUUGGGAAGGAAGAAAUCCAUCGUCCUGUUAUCCAUUUUCCUGUCUCUCGUCACUAUACAGGUUUAUUUAAUUCAAUUAAAGUGAUAUCCUUGUCUCUAGAGUUAGGUCCCUUGACUGUUUUACGAGUUAUUGAUCUGUUGUGGCUGUCUGUCUGUGUACUCAUGCAAGCUUCUAGAUACUCGAGUAUAUUGUCUCAUAUGAAUGCUAUGUAUGUAUAUUGAGCUCAUUUUUCCCUGCAGAGAAACAACAACAUACUAUGCAAACUUUUGUAGCUAGUAGGAAGUACUUAGCACUGGUGUGUAUGUAACACAGGAAACAGGUUAUUCUAUUGUAUGAGGAGCUCACACUAUGUGGUCAUGUUACAGAACACUUGACUCCAUAUUGUUUUGUUAUUGGGUUUUGUAGAGGGACUAUAGACAUACAUGAAUCUUUCACCCAGAUUUUUUGGUUUCUUUGUUCUCAUUUCUUCUGUGAUUAUAUCAAAUAUUUGUUAUGUCAGAUUAAAGCUUGCAUAUGUUUUAUCAUUUUCUGUAUCAUAUAUUUUUUUUCAAUAAAGUCAUGUAUAUUCACA